UUCAAAUCCUCAUAUGUGUGUGUUUCUUAAAAUAUUAAGCUGUCAAAGGAAUCAAGCUAACGACCCUCCGAUUUAUGAACUACUUCCAUUUCUGUUUCCCCUCACACAGCAACUCAAAAAAACAGAACAAGAACCCUCAACUUCAAUAACAAUCUUCUCCUUCAGUCUGAUUUACAAUGGCAACAUCCGUACAGUUUAGGCCACACAGCAGAGAUCUGGGGAUGGUGAUGAGGGAAGUUGAUGAAGAUCUUGCUAUAUUUUUGGGAAUGAAGAAUGGCACGGAGCCAAAACCGGAUAGCUUGUUGACAUCGAAUGAAUUGGGAGAAGAGGCCUUUCAGAGUUUGGCUGAUGAUAGUUUGCUCAAUUUAGAGACUAGCAAUAAUGACCAUGAUUGGUCGUGUUUCAGGCUCCUCGCGCAACAAGAUGCAGCAGCAAAUCAGGCUGAUGCAUCGAGUGGUGAAUGUGUUUCUCUGAGCUCCGAGCAGAUACCAAAAUCAAACAAUCUAGGCCCUUCGGCUGCUGCUGCUGCAAAUAAAAGGCCUUUAUCGUCUGGUGGCAGAAAACCGUCAUCCUCUAGAGCAGCAACGCCUACUAGACGACCAACAUUGGCUGGUGCAAAGUCGAAGCCUUCUCGUGCCUCCACACCCACGUCUCGUGUACCUGCUGCAGCAACAAAAUCUUCUAAGCCUGUGGCUGCUCCAGUGAGAACCUCGACUCCUUCAAGAGUUUCACCGCGGUCUUCUACUCCAACCUCAAGAACUACUGCGCCUGCAGCUAGCUCAAAGCCUGGAUCCACGUCUCGUGCUUCCACUCCAGCUGCUAGAUCCGUCUCUGCUGCACCUAUGCACAAGCCAACAACGACAUCAACCACUUCUAGCAAGGCUCCUUCCGAGAGAGCUUCUUCAAGGGGAAAAACAAGCUCCAUAGUCACAAAAAACCCAGUUGCAACGCAUGGAGGCUCUUCGUCUAGGGCUCCAAAUCCCUCGGAGAUGCUGUCCAUGUCUCAUGAUGCCCCAAAGAGUUUAAAAACAUCUGUGCCAAAUAGGCCUGCAUCUGCAUCAAGAGGGAGGCCUAGUGCCCUCUCGUCUCCUUCCAAAGGGAAACCGAGGCAGAAAUCAUGUUCUCCUACCAAAGCACGGGGGACAAAAGGCAAUGCUCAUAGAAAUGGAAGCGCGACACUAUCAAGAAGUCGGGGAUAUGGUAGACAUGGUGAUGAUGAUGAUUAUGUGAAUCCUGUUGUGUUGGGGACGAAAAUGGUGGAACGAGUCGUGAACUCAAGGAAACUAGCUCCACCUAAGCAAGACGAACACAUCUCUCUCGAAAACCCCAAGAGAUCCUCCAAUGAGAACUCGGGUUUUGGAAGAUCACUCUCAAAGAAAUCACUAGACAUGGCUAUAAGGCACAUGGACAUCAGACGAAGUGUUAAUGCUGCUGGAAGCUUAAAACCAGUAGCAACAACUACAGUUCUGUCCUAUUUUUCCAAUGGCAAUCAAUCUAGUUCUUCUCAAAGCAGCUCGUUUGGCAUCUCAGAGUCUCCAGUCACAUCAAGCAGUGAUAGUUCCAAGUCGAGCAACUGCGUUAACUCGUAUUUUUCUUGAUGGGGGAGGCUGCAUUUUCAUCAUCAACCAAAAGAGUGAUUUUUAGAGAGGGGGUGGUGAAGAAGAAGAAGGUGGUUAUUGUGUGAGAAUAUUAUUGCAUUUGGACAUGUUAUUUUUUGAGAUGAUCCUUAGCAAUACUAGUGUUGAGAACUACUUUGUUUAUGAUUAAAAACUGUCUGUAAUUAAUGUAGAAUUAAAAGAAUUAAUGUCACCUGAUUCUGUUGCAUCCAAAUGCACAUAUAGUCUAAGAUUUGAUAUAUGAAUCUUGAUUUUUGUGGUUGA